GCUCCUCCUCGAUGAUGGCCAGGCCAGAGGGCAGCUGGUGCCCAUCGAGGGCCUCGCAGCAGCCAUCGCUGCAGAUUUGCCACUGCCGCCGUUGAGGUGGCUGGACGUGGGGUUCCUACCUGCAGUGCAUGAGUAUGCCGUGUCGCACCUGCAGCGUCACGACCUCUACAGCGAGGCUGGGCACAACUGGCGAUACAACUUCGGCCCUCGGCUAGGACGCGGCUCCUUCGGUGAGGCCUGGCGCGCUGUGACGCUGGAUGGUUCCAUGAAGGAGGUGGUCUUGAAGCGUCUCUUCGUUGAGAAGGGCGAGCACGUCAGGAGGCCCCUUGGGAUCCUUCAGUCUCCAAAAUGUCGUCCUCGCCUUCGCCGACUGAUGUAG